AUGUACUCAACCCCAAGCCCUACCCCCAAACCAACCCAUCUCAUCCUGCUCACCUGCCACGCCAUCUAUGUUUCCGGACCCCCAGAGCUCGAAUCGUCAUGGCUGCUCGCUCCUUUUCAAAAAGAGGGGAGGGAAUGGAUGACGUUUAUUAAGCAUGUGAUGCGUGCGGCAGAAUUAUGGAAGGAGGAUGAGAACAGUUUGUUGGUUAUUAGUGGGGGGUGUACGAGGGGAGAGGUGCAGAGGAGUGAGGCGAGGGGGUAUUUUGAGGUGGGGGUGGAGAGGGGGGUGUGGGGAGUGGGGGAUUUGGUUCGUAAAGUGGGGAUGGGCAGAGGAGAGGGGAGGAUUGUGUUGGAGGAGGAAGCGUUGGAUAGUUAUGAGAAUUUGGUGAGGGGAUUGGUGGCUUUUUGGAGGGGGACGGGGGGGUGGCCGGGGAGAAUUGAGAUUGUGAGUUUGGGGUUUAAGAGGGGGAGGUUUGAGGAGUUGCAUUGUGGGGUUUUGGGGUUGGGUUUUAGGUUUAGAGGGGGGAGGAGACAGGAAGAGGUUGGGGAUGAGGAUGGGGAGGGAAAGGGGAGAAGAGGGGGUGGGAAAGGGGUGGAAGUUAUUUUUGAAGGAAUCAAUCCUGAAUUUAUGAACGAAGAGAGUGAGGAGUUUGAUCGGGAGAAAUACGAGGAUACGGUGAGGGGGGAGAGGGAGAGGGGAUAUGGGGAGUGGAAACGAGAUUUGUGGGGGACGGGGAGGGUGUUGAGGGGGAAGAGGGGAGGAAGAGAUAAGUGGGGUAUUGAAGGGCAGGAGAGAAAAUUGUUUAAGAGUGAGGAGGAGAGAAUGAGGAGUGGAGUGAGUACGAGGUGGUUGGACGAGGGUGAGGGGAUGAGGAGAGAAGAGGUGAUUGACGAGGGAGGAGUUUUGCCUUGGAAUUGUUAG